AGUUAUCCGCCGACCAUAUAAACGGAAUACCUUCCUCUCCGAAUUCAUCGCCCGCUUUCUCUAUAUAUACACACAAAACCCUUUUUCAAACUUCAUCAUCACAUUCAGCAACACCUCCUUAAACUACCACAAAUCAAACCACCUUUCUCCGAUCUUCAAUCAUAAUCACUUGGAUUUUAAAUUCUAAUCGUUAGAAGCAGAAUCAUGAGCCACUUCGAUCAAAACGAGAUUCCUGUUGCCUAUCCUCCUGCACCACAAGGAGCAUCGUACGUGAUGGCACCACCGCCGGUAGGGUAUCCGACGAAAGACGGCGGCGCUACCAAAUCGGAAAAUCAGGUUCCCGUUCAAACUCAGAGCAGAGGAGAUGGCUUCUGGAAAGGAUGUUGUGCUGCACUUUGUUGCUGUUGCGUGUUGGAUGCUUGUUUCUAGAGAAGUAAAGAUGAUGUUGAUGAUUUUUGACGAGUGAUGAUUUUUUUAGAUAUUUGUUUGUUAAUAAUAAUAUCAGUUGAAUAAUAAAAUCCAUAUAUUAUAGUAGAUGAUAUGUGUAAUAGUUUUUUUUUCUUUUUUUUAUAUGUAUACAGAAUACAGAUUGAUCAUUUUCCUUUA